GUGCAGUUGUAAUUUGAAACAUUUUAGCCGAAAUUUAAGUAAAAAACAACUUCCUGUUUACAUGUCAUCUGUUCUAUAAGCUGGGUUAGUGUGUCAAUGUAUUCUUUUACUGUAAAUAUUGCCCCACCCAGACAGAUGGGCGUGAAACACAGAAAUCAGUCACAAGAUAGGAACACACAAUGGGAGAGUUGCGGUCAGAUAUCAGAGAAUUACAGCAGAGGAUCUACGAUUCUUUAUCGAGGGGGGAGGACAUCGCUCACUUCAUCGAUGGCCUCAUUUGUGUCAACUGUCCUGUGGGACAGAGGUACCAGCUGCUACCCAUGGAACAACUCUUCAAGGAUAAUAGCAAUUUUCUGGAAGGAAUUAAGAUGAUUGGAGUGGCUCUGAACAUUCUGGAGAAGUAUUGCAGACAUCUUCUGAAGCCUCCAUCAGAGAGGUCACAGAUGUGGAGGAUCGUCAAGUUCUCAAAUAACAUCUUCAGGGACAGGGUGGACUGUAUAAAGGGAGGAAGAGAAAUUAUGAAGCUAAUGGGCUACACAGAAGCCAUUCAAGAUGGGCUACAGUUUCCUAAUUCUGGUCAAACGGACAACAAUCAACUGUUACGAUUGCUGGCAGACAUUAUGUGUGGGAAGAGGGAGCUGGAUGCUUACUUGACAAAUUAUCACCCCUACCCAGAGAGGGUGGAGAGUCUGUUGCCUCAUGACACAGUGCUUGAUGUGGCAAGAUUCCAAAAGAAUUGGAUUCAGCAAGGGAAUCUACCAAUGAGAAAACUGAAGCCUUUGGAAAACACACCAUCGUCAUCAUCAUCAUCAGAAUCUAGACUGACAAAUCAGCAGAGAUCUUCAUCAAGUGGAUCUUCAUACACCGACAGUCAGCCAAUGAAACAAGACAUUCCAAAUCAAAUUCAACAACCAAUCAGAGAGACUGUUUCUGAAUCAGGAAACUCCAACCAAAAUUCCUCACAGUCCAACAAGUCUGGUCAGGUGACAGGCUCCAGUGAAGUAGAAUCACCUCAGAGUAGUAUAGUUUGUGACAUCUGUGGUCAGUCCGUUGCCAUGUUUAUGUGUGGACGCUGUGAUAAUAAACAGCUAUGUUCAGCUUGUGAUGAAAGAUGGCAUCAACACCCAAAACGCAAAAAUCAUGAUCGACAAAAACUACGGAUGUCGGGAUCUGAACAGAAAUCCGACGAACAUGAAUAUCUGUCAGCAGUCGAGAGCCAUGCCCUGAACCCCAGCCCUGGUUCUCAACAGACACAAGAACUACCCCCGGAGAUGCCACAAGAGACGAUCCAGAACCGGGCCUCCUACCCGACCGCUGAACCAGCCCUGAACCAGAACCUGGCUCCGUACACCCGUGAGAAUCUGAACCAGCCAGCGUAUACAGUGGCUACCAGUAAUACCAACACUGGCCUAUCUAGUGUGCCACCCGCCGCCCACGCGCCUCUACAUGAGGAAGGUCAUCACCUAGAAAGACUGAUGUCUGGGAUGAAUACCAUGCAGCCAGCACAGGCUCAUACCCUACCCAGGAUAUCUCAUGAUUCAAAUACAAAUCAGAAUAUGGGGUAUGGCACCUUACCGCGAGAUCUUCAUUCCAUGACACCACCCAGCAUGCAGAGGGCUGCCCCUGGGGGUCCCCCAACUUCCAAACUUCUAGACAAGAUAUUGGCCAUUCCAGACAUGUAUAAAAGGAAGUCCAAGAUUGAGAUUCAUCUGGAGACAUUACAAGAAGAAAUAGAUCUAAUCGAGGAGAGGAUCCAAGAAUGUAUUGCUCAGAAUGCUACAUUUUAUGAAGAUGAAGAAUAUGGGCGCUUGUUUAGAAAAAAAGGAUUUUUGCAACGAGAAAAGAUUGAGUUGGAGAAAUAUGAGAAAGAAUUGGAUGAAGUUCUGAUACAGAAGGAUCAGAUGUAUUUCCCCCCACAAUGGCCCCUAAAUUACCAACACCAGAUGGCACUGAGCAGUCUUCCUAUUGGGCCCUCAGUCAAUUCUCCAAGUUUAAAUCCACCUCAUAGUGGAAUGUACAUUUUUGUCCCAAAUUCAUAUCAAAACAAUCAGCCAGUGUACGGACAAAGUCCACCUGUUCAUUCUGGUGACAACCAGAACAGUCCGAGCAUUAACGUGCUACACACCAUGCAGAGUCCUCCUUCGUUUUAUGGGCAUCACCCAAGGCAUUCCCUUUAUUUUCCUCCAACUGAUCAAAGCAUUCAGUGUACAUCACCACACAACCCUGUACAGAAUUACCCCCCAGCACAGAAUUCUCCAAGAACUCCAAAAGUAUCACCCCAAAUGCAGGGAAACUUUGUUUAUGCAAAUCAACCACAAACUCAGUCACCUAAAACCCCUGCUACUCAACAUAAUGCGGAACACAGAAGAAGCCAGUCCAUGUUUCAAGAAAGUUCUGGAAAGUUGCAAGCCAGACAGACACCCCCUGAAAGACCAGCCUUACCUUUAAUGGAGGAAAGGAAAGUUUUUCAGGAAAAUAAGGCAAAUGAAUCUCACCAGAGACAUGCAAGCUGUGUGUCUGCAAUAGACCAGUCGAAAACUGUGAAUACACAGCAAGUUCCACCUCCUCCAAAAUUCCAUAACAUGCCUGUGACUGCUAAAACACUGUACCAAAAUUAUCCCCUCCCAGCAGACCUAGUGGCUCCAUUGGAAUCCCCUCCUGCCCCCAUUCCACCACGAAUCCCUAAAGAACCACAGCCACCAGUCCACAAACCCAAGUCUGAGGGGUAUGGAUCACCAUGGAUCUGUCAACAUUGCACAUUCCAUAAUGUUCCAGACACAAGGGUUUGUGCCGUCUGCUUCAAAACUAGUGAUAAUCCUAAGUUUAUUCAGCAAGGUGGUGUACCUUCAGGGCAUUCAGAAACUGAUCAUAAUGCCAUAAAUGAUCUGAACAAACCAGAGAGGCCACCAGCUCCCUCUGUUGAGAAGAAGCAGUCGUCUGCCACAGGUACAGAUAGUGAGGUGUCGAAAAUUAUGAAAGAAGCUUCAACUGCUGGGAACAAAAUCAUGCAACAUUAUGAUGAGAUUUAUCUUGAGAAACAAGAAGCCAAACGCCGCUUUGAAGAGCAGCAGAAACAAGAGAAACAAAGAGAAGCAGAGAAUUUAUUAUCUCCUCAGGCCUUGAUAGAGCAGUUACAGAGAGCGGUCAGUCGUUCCCCUCCAUCAGCUCAGGCUGGUGCUAAAAUCACGACACCAAGCCCGGCUAAUCAGAAACAAGAAGAGAAGGAAAAGUUAGCCGUUCCCGUGCCGGUAUCUGGUGAAAAAGAAGCAGAGCAGGCUGCACCCCUCAGCAAAUCUCCCAGGAACAAACAAGGACUGAGCUUUACAGAGACCAUGGAAAAACUCAACCAACAGAGAAUGCAGGAGCUGAUGGACAUUGAAGCCAAGGAAGUGGUCCGAUUUUUUAAGGAGGCUGAAAAGGAAGGAUUUGACACAGAAGAGGGGGAGCUUGCAGUAGAGCUGAGUUCAGGAGAACAGUUACUGCCUCUUCAAUGGCUGAAACAGAUCUGGAUAAACAGGGUGAAAACUGUCACAGCUAAAGUCGCCAAGGCGGGGGCCGACAUGAAUGAAAACGAGGUGGGAGAGCUGUCUGACCAGGAAGCCAAGAAUUCUCUGAAGCAAACCAAAGGAGAUGUUCAAAUGGCCGUGAAUAUCUGUACAGCAAACAGAUGCAAGCUGUACCAAGAAAUAUGUAAGGCUGACAACUUUCCAAGAGAGGAAAUUCUCCAGGCCAUGUUGAUAGCUGAAGGAAAACUGGACAUAGCUUUGGAUCACUUAAACUCCAACAGACUUCAGCAGUUCAUAGAUCACUUAUGGGAGUUUGAGAAUGGCAAUGUUCUAGCCGACGACAAUGAGCAGUGUGAAAGUGAGGCUCAGGAAGUGUCCAAUGUCCAAGAUGCCUGCAUGAGUGUCACCAAUAGCGUGCUCAGACACGGCCACUUCCUGGAGAUGAUCCGCAACAAAGACAUCAGCUCAGAUAGACGAUCUCGGAUGAUUAUGGUGGAAGGUAAGCUACAGAGCUGGGGGCGAGCGGAGACCGUGCUGAAGAUUCUAGAUCAGGAUGUGGCGCGGAACAAUCUGGAGGCCACACUGGAGGACAUUGUGGAGGCUGUGUAUAACUGCGGGGAUCGCCAGAGUUCUCUGGUCUACCUACAGCAGGAGUGUCAAUGCUGCUUCUCCUACUUCCCCAUGAGUAAGAUAAGAACGUUGAACUGCCCAUGUAAGAUCUGCUUUGACUGCAUGAAGAGUUAUUUUGAGUUGAACAUUAGAGAGAAACAUGUGAGGAACCUCUGUUGUCCAAUCUGUCAACAUCCCAACAUGGACAACAAAGAGGAAGCCGACGAGUAUCUGGGAUUCCUCACUAUGCUGUUGAAUACUAUGGUGGGACCAGAUAUUAAAGAAAUUUAUGAAACCAAACUGAGGGAUUGGUAUCUUCAAAAAGACCCAAAGUUCAGAUGGUGUGCCCAUUGUGGAAAUGGUUUUAUCAAUAUUGGAGGAGAGAGAAACCCAGCCAUGCAGUGUCCUUACUGUAAUAAGAAAACCUGCUUCAACUGCAAGAAACAGUGGGAGGAUCAACAUGAGGGUCUGACCUGUGAGCAGUAUGAGCAAUGGAAGAUUGACAAUGACCCGGAGAAUCAGGCCAUGGGCCUCGCUGCUCACCUCGCUGCUAAUGGAAUUGAUUGUCCUAGUUGUAAAAUGAGGUUCUCUCUGGCAAAGGGAGGCUGUAUGCAUUUUAAUUGUCCUGAGUGUGGACAUGAAUUCUGCAGUGGAUGUUCUCAGAUGUUUGAUUCCAAAGGAGUUUGUCUGAAGUUUAAGAGUUGCCGUGGUAAGGGACUCCACUGUCACCACCCCCGUGAUUGUUUUUAUUAUCUCCGUGACAACUCAGUUGAAGAUCUACAGCGUCUUCUGAAGGAGAAACAUGUGAAGUUUGACACGGAGGCGGCGGGUCACCAGGAGGACCAGAACCACUGUCCUGUGAUGGAACUGAAGGACAUCCACGAGGGGAAGAAGGACGAGGCCUGCGGUAAAGACGUCACAGCGGGGCACGCCGGGCUGUGUGUGUUACAUUACAAAGAAUAUCUAGUCAACCUCAUCAACAAAAAUAAAAUUGACCCGGUCCAUAUUAUGAAUAUUAAUGAGAUGAUACGCUUGAUUGAGCGAGAAGAAAAGACACCUCCACAGCGCAAACCGACUUACCAGGAGUCGCAAUACCGCAAAAAACUAAUACAGUUUAUAAAAGAGAAGAUACCAUUGCAGAGAUAAAGAAGAGCUUUUACAUCGUCUUGUUUUAAGCAUUAACUGUUUAUUUUGCUUUUAUGUGUUGUCUGUGAUAAAAGUUAUGCAUAUUUUGUGUAAAAUGAAAUUA